UCUGAAACACAAACACGCAAAAUCGCUCAUCCCUUCCGACUAAAAUAUCCUCUCUCUCUCUCUCUCUCUGUCCACCACCCCACCGCCGUAACAAUGACAGUCAAGGACUGCGGCUACCACCACGACCACCGGAAAACCCUCUACCGCAACAUCGUCGCCGCCCUCGUUGCCUUCGUACUCCUCGUCCUCCUCACCAUCCUCCUCAUCUUCCUCAUCCUCCGCCCAACAAAACCCAAGUUCAUCCUCAUCGACGCCACCGUCUACGCCUUCAACGUCUCCGCCCCCAACUUCCUCACCACCACCCUCCAGGUCACCCUCUCCUCCCGGAACCCAAACGACCGCGUCGGAGUCUUCUACGACAGGGUCGACGUCUACGCCACGUACCGUGGCCAGCAGAUCACCAUCCCAACCGUGCUGCCGCCAACCUACCAGGGACACAAGGACGUCAACGUCUGGUCGCCGUUCAUCUACGGCAACGCUGUGCCGGUGGCGCCAUACCUGGCGGCUGCGCUGGGGGAGGACCAGGUGACCGGGAGGGUGCUGCUGAAUGUGAAGGUGGACGGGAGGGUGAGGUGGAAGGUGGGGACGUGGGUGUCCGGGAGGUACCACUUGUACGUCAACUGUCCGGCUUAUAUCGUGUUCGGCGGCGACAGGGUGAACAGCGGUGGCGGGAUUGCUGUUGGAUCGGGUGUUAAGUUCCAGUUGGUGCAGAGUUGCCAUGUUGAUGUUUGAGCCUAGUUAUUUAGGAGUACUUAGCAAUAUAGUUCUCGAAAAUUUGUUCGGUAGUCUCGGGUCACACCCACGUGAUGUCCCGACGUCUUUUUCCACCGGUCAAUUUCGUGAAGUCCGGUUCGAAUGUAUGGACUCCGCAAUAAUGUGUUAGAAAAGGACGGUGAAGCACUACUUGAUAGUUGCCCAGUAGUUUCCUUUCAUUUUUAUUUGCAAAAGGGAAGAAAGACACGUAGAAUUUAUGUAUAUUUUCGUUUGAUUAAGGGGAAAGGAAAAUUGAUUAAUUAAUUCGUUUUCUACUGGUA